CAGAGCAGCAGCGGCUUCAGCCAGCAUCAGCAGCAGCAGCAGCAGCAGCAGCAGUGAAAAUCGGAAAAUCGUUAUACGUUGAAUAUACUACCACAAAAUCGCGGUCGGCAAAGGCAUCAACGCUGCGCUGUUUUUGGCCGGCACCCGCAACUCCUGGCGACUCACACUCGCGCAUCGAAUCCGAGUCCUGCCACAGCAUCAGCAUCAGCAGCAGCAGCAGCCGCAUUUUAAUUUUAUGGGUAUACGCUAUAAAUGGAUCCCUCGAACUUGUCUUUCGGCUUUCCGGGACUGCCUGGUCAUGGACAUCUGCCCAUACCGCCCACCGCCAAUAUGUUGGGCGCCCAUGGACAUCCUGCACCAACGGCCAGUCCACCGCAGAGCGUGCCCGGACGUCGCACGCCCCUUGGCUCCGUCGGGCUGGGCGGCUUCUAUGCCCAGGGUCUGGGCAUGACGCAGCAGAGCCUGACGCCCACGGAUGAGAACAAGCCCGGACCGAGUGCACAGGACAAACCGCUGAGUCCCACGGCAGCAGCGAUUGCGGCUAUUAGUGGUGGCACCACGACGGCAGCCCUGUCAAGCAUUGGAGGCGGCAUGAGUGGCGGACCUGUUGGAGGCGGACCCAACGGGGGCAAGCAAAAGAAUCGUCAAGGCAAGACGGUACGACUGAAUAUCAAUGCACGGGAACGAAGGCGAAUGCACGAUUUGAACGAUGCAUUAGAUGAGCUGCGCAGUGUUAUACCCUAUGCUCACUCACCGUCAGUCCGGAAACUCUCGAAAAUUGCGACCUUGCUGCUGGCCAAGAACUAUAUAUUGAUGCAGCAGAAUGCACUGGAGGAGCUACGCAGGCUGUUGGCGUACAUACAGAGCACUACGGGCGCUGCUCCCUUGGACUUGGGAGCCUUUCCGGCAGCGGCCAAAUUGCAAGCGCUUCUCCAAGGACCACAUAAUGAGCCGCCCACAAGCAGUAGCAGCAGCUAAGGAGAGAGAGGGAAAGAGAGGCAGAGUGAGAGCGAGAAUGAGAAGCAAUACGUCUACAUUUAAGUCAAUUGAUGAGCCAAAUAUUUGUGUACUAGUCAAGCAAGAGGUUGAGCAUCUGUUAAGUGAUAUUUAGUUCUUUUAUAAGCAUUUCAUUUAUGCAUUUAUAUAUAUGAUGUCAGGUAGAUUGUAAGUUGAAAAUAAUCAGUAUGAGCAAUAAAAAAAUUAUAGAAAAAACAAA